AUGGCCACACCUUACAUCAUGGCCACACCUUACAUCAGGGCCACACCCUACAUCAUGGCCACACCUUACAUCAUGGCCACACCCUACAUCAUGGCCACACCUUACAUCAUGGCCACACCUUACAUCAGGGCCACACCUUACAUCAUGGCCACACCUUACAUCAGGGCCACACCCUACAUCAUGGCCACACCUUACAUCAGGGCCACACCUUACAUCAUGGCCACACCUUACAUCAGGGCCACACCCUACAUCAGGGCCACACCUUACAUCAUGGCCACACCUUACAUCAGGGCCACACCCUACAUCAGGGCCACACCUUACAUCAUGGCCACACCUUACAUCAGGGCCACACCCUACAUCAUGGCCACACCUUACAUCAUGGCCACACCCUACAUCAUGGCCACACCCUACAUCAGGGCCACACCCUACAUCAGGGCCACACCCUACAUCAGGGCCACACCCUACAUCAUGGCCACCACUCCAGCAUCCAGCCCUCAGCCCCCAGCCCCUCAGCCCCCAGCAUCCAGCCCCCAGUAUCCAGCCCCCAGCAUCCAGCCCUCAGCUUCCAGCAUCCAACCCCUCAGCCCCCAGCAUCCAGCCCUCAGCCCCCAGCAUCCAGCCCUCAGCCCCCAGCAUCCAGCCCUCAGCAUCCAGCCCCUCGGUCCCCAGCAUCCAGCCCUCAGCCCCCAGCAGCCUAUAUCAGCCUCCAAUCUCCAGUCCCCCAUCGACUUUAACUCCAAAUUUCUGAAUCCCAAAACUACCCAAAGGCACACAUGUCCCCCGAGUCCCCCUGAUCCCCCAGCCCACUGGCCAGCCCCUAGCCCCUCUCCGCACCCCUAA